AUGCACACUGUCUUUCGUAUUGGCGAAAUUAUACAAAUUGAUAAAAACAAUCCACUUUAUCUAGUGGAACUUAAACUGACAUCGGAUGAUGAUGAACAACUUCGUACACUCACCAAACAUAUACAAGAACAAGCAGGUGGGACAGGAUGGGAGCGAAUAGGUAGCUUGCUCCUCAAAAUAAACCAAUUAGAUAAAGCUGAAGAACUCUACGAAUUAUUGCUCGAACAGACAUCCGACGAGAGUAAAAAAGCACUUUAUUAUACUCAACUUGGAUAUGUCAAGGAUGAUCAAGGUGAUUAUAAGAAGGCUAUAUGGUAUUAUAAAAGAGGACUUGAAAUUCGUCAAAAAAUUCUUCCUGCAAAUCAUCCUGCAUUGGCUAUUUCCUACAACAACAUCGGUUUGGUGUAUAACAAUAUGGGAGAGUAUUUAAAAGCACUUUCGUUUUACGAAAAAACAUGUGAAAUCUUCGAGAAAACUCUUCCUGCAAAUGAUCCUGAUUUGGCGACUUCCUACAGCAACAUCGCUAGGGUGUAUGACAACAUGAGUGAGUAUUCAAAAGCACUUUCAUCUUACACAAAAGCACUUAAAAUUUGUGAAACAACUCUCCCUGCAAAUCAUCCUGAUUUGGCGACUCUCUACAACAACGUCGGUGGGAUGCAUCAAAACAUGGGAGAGUAUUCGAAAGCACUUUCGUUUUUCGAAAAAGCACUUGAAAUCCGCCAAAAAACUCUUACUGCAAAUCAUCCUUCAUUGGCUAUUUCCUACAACAACAUCGGUAUAGCGUAUAAAAGCAUGGGAAAGUAUCCGGAAGCACUUUCGCUCUACGAAAAAGCACGCGAAAUUUGUCAAAAAGCUCUUCCUGAAAAUCAUCCUUCAUUGGCUAUUUCCUACCACAACAUCGGUGAGACGUAUGACGACAUGGGAGAGUAUUUGAAAGCACUUUCAUCUUACAAAAAAGCACUUGAAAUUCGUGAACAAGCUCUUCCUGCAAAUCAUCCUGGUUUGGCUGCUUCCUACUACAAAAUCGGUCUAGUGUAUAUAGAGAUGAGAGACUAUUCGAAAGCACUUUCGUUUCUUGAAAAACACCUUGAAAUCUGCCAAAAAACUCUUCCUGCAAAUCAUUCUGAUUUGGCUGCUUUCUACAACAACAUCGGUCUAGUAUAUAAAAACAUGGGAGAGUAUUCGAAAGCACUUUUAUUUUACGAAAAAAACCUUGAAAUUUCCCAAAAAAAUCUUCCUGCAAAUCAUCCUGAUUUGGCCACUUCUUACAACAACAUCGCAUGGGUGUAUAGAAAUAUGGGCAAUUACUUGAAAGCGCUUACAUUGUAUAAACUUGCACUUGACAUUUGGCAACAUACAUUACCUGCAAAUCAUUUUAUUAUGAAAAAUGUGCGAGAGAGUAUAGAAUUUGUAAGAAAGAAAGUGUAAAGUAUUUUUCGAUCAAUAAAUCAGAAAAUUUUUCGCUUACUUAAUUUAUUUCUAUUUUGUAAUUAUUCUCGCGCGCGCGUACAGAGAAACU